CGAAGCAUGUCCCCCUCUGCGUCAUCCCUCGAUCAAUCUUCUCUGGGCUUUUCCCUCUGGAUACAGUCAUAGAGGGAUGCACGCUUCUUCCUGUGGAAUCCUCAAUCAAACCUUAUAGACAAGAGCCAGGUUGGAUUGAGUCCAUUGGUACCCACCCACGACCCCACCGUAUAAUCUUGUAGAGCUGCAUAUCGCAAUCGAACGCGACCAUGAGCUCCAACGCCCAAGCAAAUAUCCCGGACCCUACAGCAGACCUUAAGUGGUCUGACUUCAAGGGUCCGAUCCACGAGAUCUUCGCUGCGAACGCGCGCAAGCACCCCGAGCGACGAUGCGUAGUCGAGACUGCUACAAGCAGGACGCCAGAGCGCGCAUUCACAUACAAGCACAUCUUCGAGGCCGUCUCGGUGCUUUCACAUCACUUCGUCCAGAGUGGCAUCCAAAGAGGAGAUGUUGUCAUGAUCUUCGCUCACCGCGGCGUUGACCUGGUCGUUGCCAUCAUGGCUGUACUGGCGGCAGGCGCGACCUUCUCAGUGCUGGACCCGCUAUACCCUCCAGAUCGCCAGUGCAUCUACCUCGAAGUCUCCCAGCCCCGCGCCCUCGUAGUCAUCGAAAAGGCCACACAAGAAGCAGGCCAGAUUUCCGAUCAGGUCCGCCAAUACAUCGCAGACAACCUGCAGCUUAAGACCGAAGUACCGGCUCUCGAGCUCAAGGAAGAUGGUUCGCUGGUGGGAGGCGCCAGAGACGGCAAGGACGUUCUGGAAGAGCAGCAGACGAGCAAGGCAGACCUGCCAGGCGUUCUGGUCGGUCCAGACUCGACACCGACGCUGUCCUUUACAUCGGGGUCUGAGGGCAAGCCCAAGGGCGUCAAAGGCCGACACUUCUCCCUCACCCACUACUUCCCGUGGAUGGCCGAGACAUUUGGCUUGUCCGAGCACGACAAGUUCACCAUGCUCUCUGGUAUCGCACACGACCCCAUCCAGCGUGACAUCUUCACGCCUCUCUUCCUUGGCGCCCAGCUGCUGGUACCGAGCAAGGAGGAUAUCCAGCACGAAAAAUUGGCUGAGUGGAUGCGCAAAUACGGCGCGACAGUCACACAUUUGACUCCAGCCAUGGGACAGAUCUUGGUUGGCGGUGCUUCGGCUAUCUUCCCCACGCUGCACCAUUCAUUCUUUGUUGGUGAUCUACUCAUCAAGCGUGACGUCAGGAGACUGCAGGCCCUCGCACCGAACGUACGCGUCGUCAACAUGUACGGCACGACGGAGACACAGCGCGCUGUCAGCUACUUCGAAGUCCCAAGCGCUACCGAAGCACCCGAGUUCCUGGACAGCAUCGGCGAUGUCGUACCUGCAGGUCGCGGUAUGAACAACGUGCAACUGUUGGUCGUGAACCGCGACGACCGUAACAAGAUGUGUGGCAUUGGUGAGAGUGGAGAAAUCUACGUGCGGGCAGGUGGUCUUGCUGAGGAAUACCUGGGUCUGCCGGAUAUGACAGCUUCCAAAUUCGUCGAGAACUGGUUCGUUGACCCAAAGAAGUGGGCUGAGGAAGACAAGCAAAGAGUUGAGAGCCAGAGCGCUGCCGAGCCGUGGCGACAAUUCUACAAGGGCCCCCGCGACAGACUCUACCGCUCCGGAGAUCUCGGCCAUUACGGACCAGACGGCAACGUCCACUGCACUGGACGCGUCGACUCCCAGGUCAAGAUUCGUGGUUUCCGUAUCGAGCUUGGAGAGAUCGACUCGCAUCUGUCCGCCCACCCGCUGGUUCGCGAGAACGUCACACUGCUCAAGCGUGACGCCUACGAGGAGCCUCAACUCGUCAGUUACAUCGUGCCCGAGAUGAAGCGGUGGUACGAUUGGCUUGAGGAGCGUGGCGCCAACGAGACCUCUACCGAGGAGACAGACAUGAUUUCCAUGCUCAAGCGCUUCAAGUACCUGAGAGACGAUGUGCGCGAGCAUCUCAAGAAGAAGCUUCCUUCAUAUGCGGUUCCGUCGGUCAUUGUUCCCAUGCUGCGAUUCCCUCUUAAUCCCAAUGGCAAGAUCGACCGUCCAGCUUUGCCUUUCCCUGAGCCCAAGGAGAUCGCAGCGGCUGGCGCUAGGCGACCGUCGCAGCUUGGCCAGGCGUUGACACCUACUGAGCAGAAGAUGGCCGAGAUCUGGGCUGACCUGCUCAGCGACCGCGGUGUUACGGCUGAGGCUGUCAGCGGCAGCGACUCGUUCUUCGACCUUGGUGGACACAGCAUCAUUGCCCAACAGCUUCUAUUUAAGAUUCGUCAGGAAUGGACUGACAUCGACGUGCCAAUGACUACGAUCUUCCAGUACCCCACACUUCGCGCUUUCUCUGCGAACAUCGAUCAGGCGAUCGAUCCCAUCGGUCUGCGUCUGGAUACUGCAGAGGCUAUCGACGACGACCCAGAAGACGAAGCCUACUCUGCAGAUGCACGAGAUCUCGCUGCUCAUCUGAGCGACUUCAAAACCAGGGAAGCACUGAAGCCUGGCGAGGAUAUUCACACUUUCCUCACGGGUGCCACCGGAUUUCUUGGAGCAUACAUCCUACGUGACCUUCUCGCACGUCCCGGUAAGGUUACUGUCUUGGUUCGCGCGAAGGAUCUUGACAGUGCGCUCAACCGUGUGCGAAAAACUUGCGAGGCAUACGGCAUCUGGGAGGACAGCUGGGAGUCCCGCCUCGAGCCCCUUGUCGGUGAUCUCCAAAAGCCCAACUUUGGUCUUGAGCCCAACACAUGGAACCUUCUCUGCGACUCAGUUGAUGUUGUUAUUCACAACGGUGCUCUUGUGCACUGGGUCUUGCCUUACUCCCGGCUGCGCGGUCCCAACGUCGAGUCUACAAUGACUGCUCUGUCGCUUUGCUCUACCGGCAAGGCCAAGAACUUUGGCCUGGUCUCAUCCACGUCCGUCCUUGACACUGACUACUUCGUCAAGCUUUCAGAGAGGUCACUUGCCGAAGGUGGUACUGGCGUACUUGAGGAAGACGACCUUGAGGGCGCUCGCAAGGGUCUCGGCACAGGAUAUGGCCAGUCCAAGUGGGCUGCUGAAUACAUCACUCGUGCAGCUGGCAAGCGUGGUCUGAACGGGUGCGUGAUCCGCCCUGGCUACGUCCUCGGAGAUCCAGAGAACGGCACAACCAACACUGAUGACUUUCUCAUCCGAAUCCUCAAGAGCUGUGUCCAGCUCAAGUCUCGUCCAGACAUCAGAAACACAAUCAACAUGGUUCCCGUCAACCAGGUUGCGCGUGUUGUAGUAUCAUCGACCUUCAACCCACCUGUUGCGCCGCUCGGUGUGUCACAGAUCACUUCGCACCCACGUAUCACAUUCCAGCAGUUCCUCGGCUCGCUCGAAUCCUACGGCUACAACGUCCCCGAAGUCCCGUACUCUGAGUGGAAGAAGAACAUGGAGGCCUACGUUGCUGACCGCUCGGGCACAAAGGAGGAGAACGCACUACUUCCGCUUUACCACUUUGUUACUGGUGACUUGCCCGCCGACACCAAGGCGCCAGAGAUGGACGAUAGGAAUGCAGCCAAGGCGCUCAAAGAGGACGAGAAGUGGACAGGACAGGACUGGAGUGCUGGCGGUGCUGUCACAGAGGACACGGUGGGGACCUACAUCAGCUAUCUCAUCGAGCUUGGAUUCAUGCCUAAGCCGGAGAAGAAGGGUCUCAAGGACUUGUUGGCAAGCAAGUUGACAGAUGCUAUGAAGGAGACAUUGAAAACUGUUGGUGGUCGCCGUGGUGUAUAGAACGCACGCACAGGAAUCAAGGUCAAAUAGACAAAAAAUACAAAAAUAAGAGCGGUUCAAUCAAGGGUGGGUUUGCACAUGUUGCUCUCCCUUCGAAUGAGAAGCGUCUUUGAGACUGAUGGCAAGAACGAUUUUGCGUGCCACGCGCUUGUAGCGACUUCCGUCCAGCAUCAGGAAGGCAAUGCAUACCAUAUCCAGUUUCCAACUCC